AUGAGCCUUUCUCAUCUACCCACUGAAAUCCUGUGGAUCAUUUCAUCCUAUCUUUCGCGCCAGAGCGACAUCUAUGGCUUGGUUAGAACCAAUCGUCGUCUGUACCAAGAGCUGAAAAGUUGUCUUUACUAUUGGAAUGCUCAAUACGAAUCCGGGUCGGCGGUCCCUGUUGCAGCCGAGUUAAAUAUCCUUCCACAGCUCAACGAUCUUUUAGUCGGAUUAGAUCUUGCCCGAACUAGAUCUGACUCGCUUCCCCAGAAAAUGACCCAGAUGCGCUAUCUGACCCGGCGUAAAGGAGUUUUGGGUGUUGAAGAAGGGCGACAGGGCCAGGACCAGGACCGGGACCGGGACCGGGACGAGGAUGACGAUGACGAUGACGAUGACGAUGAUAAACGGGAUAAGGAAAGAAGAUCAGAUCCCUACUGGGAAGAUAUCUAUACCCAUCCUCUUUUGUCGCAAGGAUAUUGCUUUAUGGAUAUUCUUAAUAUUCAGCAUGCCCUAGCGAUAGGCAUUCAAGUCAACUUCUAUCGUGGAAGUCAUACUGCCAACCCACUUCCAUCAGACUAUACUAGCACAAGAUGGCAUAGCCGGAUGGUUGACAUUGACAACCCACCAUUGUUUAUAGCUGUGCAGUAUGGCCACACUGAGAUGGUGAGCAAGUUACUUGAGUGUGGUGCUGAUCCAGAGCGGUAUACCCCUUCACCCUUAUACCGCGCCGUUGAAGAUGAUAAUCUGGAUAUCGUUUCUAUUCUACUGAAAAUGGAUAAACGAUCCCAGAAAUCAGCCUUGAAACUUGCUGUAUUACGACGGAACUAUUCUAUGGUUGAAUUUCUGCUGCUCGGUGGCCUGGGAGCUUCAGAGCAUGGGAAUGCCGGUCUAUAUGUUGCUGAAAUGAAAGGUUACAAGGAAUUGGCUUGUUUGCUGAAGCUUCAUGGUGCGACUAUUGAUACACUCUCCGAUAGGGACAGAAAGAAGUGGGAAGCAGAAGACAGAGAUGGUACUGAUCGCGCCAGAUAUGGGUGGUCCUCUGAUCCUCAUGCAGAAGAUUAUCCAGAUGAACCUUCAAAUUCAGAAUCCGAGUCUGAGAAUAUGGAUUUGAUAUGA